AUGUGCAGUCUUAAGUGCUGCAGUCUCAGAGCCCUUUUUCUAUUGCUGCUCUAUAGGUCCAUGCAAAUUCCUGAAGCUGAAGGGAAAACUGAAAUUCUACCUCCAACAAUACAAAAAAUAGUGAAAGGGUACAACAAGUAUCUACGUCCGUUUUUUGAUAAUGGUCCUGUGUCAGUUGGAAUGAGUAUGGAUAUUGCAAGCAUUGAUACAAUAUCAGAAAUAAAUAUGGACUACACAGCUACCAUAUUUCUAAGGCAGCGAUGGACUGAUGAGAGACUUUGUUUCGAUGGAAAUAAGAGUUUGAGCUUAGAUGGUCGACUUGUGGAAAUGCUUUGGGUACCAGAUACCUUUAUAGUUGAUUCCAAAAGGUCUUUUCUUCAUGAUGUCACUGUUGAGAAUCGUCUUAUAAGGAUAUACCCUAAUGGAACAGUCUUGUAUGCUAUAAGGAUCACCACAACUGUUUCAUGCAGCAUGGAUCUGACUAAAUAUCCAAUGGAUAAGCAGACAUGUACUUUGCAACUGGAGAGCUGGGGUUAUAACAUCAAUGAUGUCAUAUUUUAUUGGACCAGAGGAAAUGAUUCGGUUCGAGGUCUGGACACACUCCAGCUGGCACAGUACACAGUAGAAGACCACUUUACCUCUGUAACUGAAGCUGUGUAUGAGACAGGACGUUACCCAAAACUUGUGUUUCACUUUGAACUCAAGAGAAACAUCUUGUAUUUCAUAUUAGAGACAUAUGUACCAUCAAUCCUUCUGGUGGUGCUCUCCUGGGUGUCAUUUUGGAUCAGCCAGUCGUCGGUUCCAGCCAGAAUCUGCAUAGGUGUCACCACAGUCCUUACCAUGACAACACUGAUGAUGGGAGCCAGGACUUCACUCCCAAAUGCUAAUUGCUUUAUUAAGGCAAUUGAUGUCUACCUUGGUAUCUGCUUCAGCUUCAUCUUCGGAGCACUGUUAGAGUAUGCUGUGACUCAUUUCUGCACUCUGCACCAACUCAGCUCAAAGGAGCUUCCAAAGAUUAUUGAUGAUGAUGAUGAUGAAGAAGAGAAGAAUGGAGUCCUGGCAGCAGUGGCCAACAGUUGCAGCACCCCUGACAAUACAAACAAGACCGAUACAAACAAAAGCAAACAAACCAGCACUGACAGAAAAAGGGAGAGAAGUCAACACAGUGGGUGUAGCUCAGCAAUGUCGGUAAUGAAAAGACUUUUCUGUAUCUUUGAUUGCUUCCAUGUUAAAAAUCCUUACCACAUAGACAACUACGCCAGAUUCUCUUUCCCCUUAUCAUUCAUCAUAAUUAAUGUACUUUAUUGGGUGUAUUAUUUGUAUUUCUAA